GUCGAAGAUAAGGGUUCCCAAUAAGGAAAUCCAAAUGUUGCAGCUUGCACAGCCACGCCGGUCCACGUUAACCCAUACCUUGAACUUCAGCGCUUCAACACCGUUCACUGUGUCGAGCAACCAUGACGAGGCCGCAGGAUAGUUUCACUUUUACGGUUGGAAAGCUCGGUAAGUCCCUGAAUGACGCGGUGCAGAUCCUCCUGGGCGAACGUGCUCACCUCAUAGAGUUCCCAUCAAUCCUACUUCCUCCUGGAGCAACGACUGGUUCCAUAGUCAACAUCGCAGUCCACCAGAACAUCGCUGAAGAGCGGAAGCGAGACGGUGAAUUCUGGUCACUUCAAGACGAUAUUCUAGACAAGUUUGGAAGUCACUCGCCUGAUAAUCCGCAGCUCGAGCUCCGCAACGUGACCCAAACCUCUGUCACGCUCGAAUGGCCGCCCAUCAAGCUUGCUACUGCGAAACUACGUUCGCUUGAUAUAUACAAGAACGGCCAGCGCCUUGCCGCAAUUCCUAAUGCACUAAGCAACUACUCCACCAAGCUUUCUGGACUCUCCGUAGACACCCCAUACAGUUUCCAGCUCAUGCUCCGUACCUCCGCAGGAGUCUUUCCUUCGAACCUCAUCCGCGUGCGCACGCACACGAUCGCAGAUACAAGCGGCAUUUCAGUAUGUUUUGCUAAUGUCACAGACAGCGUGUUGCUGGAAAAUGCAAAACUUGCCUUGAAGGAGAUGCGCGCAAAGUGGAGCGACAAAAUUCAAAUCGACACAACUCAUUUUGUGUGCACUACCCCUGCGGUCACGCCCACGGGUGCACAGCCAGCCGGUGGUGUCGCAGCAGCUCCAGGUGCAGAAUACCAACGGGCCUUGCAGUUAAGUAUCCCCGUAGUUCAACCGCAGUGGAUAUUGGCGUGCCACAGUGAAAAGAAAAUGGUGCCAAUCUCGGGUUACUAUCUCGCCUCUCUCCCCAGCUCCGCCGCAACUCACAAAAACUUAGCAUCUCGUCAAAGCCUCCCAGCAAUACGCCACUCUACACCGCCGGCUGCAACCCCACAACGGCCCAUCCAUGAAGAAGAGGGCGAAGAGGAUCAACCGCCCCCACCACAACCGUCGCUCUCUGACAUGAGACACAAGAGCAGCGGUACGAUGGAUAGGAAUUUCAAAUUCCCAAAUUCGUCGACCCAGGGUCAAGCCCAGGAAUUACCGCCGCCUGUCCCAUCUAUCCCUACGCAAUUGCCUGCUCCUAAGGCAGGGCCCGAGGCACGUUCAAACCAUGCAAAUGAAGACGAUACGACGCCCGUGGUGGUCGUCGCGCCAUCUAGCGUGGAAGUGCCUCCCCCUCCUCCGGUGGAGAAAGAGAUCCGGAAGAGCUUCGUAGAAUCUGAGGGCGAAGAGGAAGUUGGCGAGACGGUAGAAAUUGAUUUGCGGUGAGAAUCAAAUGCUCGUCGUCUACAUUGUCAUGUAGCCCCCGGUGUCAUGAGGUAGUGGCUUUUGACUGUGUCGUGUGCGAUAAUUCCUUCGACAUACAUACUUAUCAUCGAUGUUUUAUUUCGCGUGAUGUGGUCCCACGAACAUCAUCAACAAAAGAGCCUGAACCGUAUAUGUGAA